AUGGCCCCUCCAACAGCAAUUGAUGUCGAGGGUGUCGUCGACACCGAAUCCGUAGUCAUUCCCGAUCCACUUACUGUCAAUGGGGUUUCUGCAAGACGUGCAAAGGCUGGGAAAUUUACGGCUGGCGUAGCAGCAUUUACAACUAGUGAUCACUUCAAAAGCCCUUCAACAUGGAAACCAAAAGCAAAACGAUUUGAUCACCGCAUCUCUCUUGAGAGUAGAUCAAGAAAGCCAUCGAACUUGAAAAGUGCUGCCAGAUAUUUGGGCCCUGGAAUGAUUUCUCUUGGUGGAGGUCUACCAUGCCCUGAAUAUUUCCCAAUCGAAGAAAUAUCCAUCAAGGUUCCUACAAUACCUCACUUCUCGGAAAAACAAACAAAAGAAUCUGGAACUAUCAUAACUGCUGGAAAGUAUGAUGUGUCAGAAGGCAAGGGAGCAUACGAUUUGUCUAUCGCACUCAACUAUGGACAAGGUACAGGAUCUGCACAGAUGCUUCGAUGGGUGACAGAGCAUACCGAAAUUGUUUGCAAUCCACCUUAUGCAGAUUGGGGUUGUACUCUUACUGUAGGAAGUACAUCAGCUUUGGAGCAGGCAUAUCGCAUCUUCUGUGAAAGGGGUGACUACGUGUUAUCCGAAGAAUAUACUUUUGCUUCUGCUGUAGAGACUGCAGCCCCUCUGGGUAUAAAAUUCUUGGGUGUCAAAAUGGAUGCUGAAGGUCUUUUGCCAGAAGUCUUGGAUGAGAUUUUGAGCAACUGGGAUGAAAAGGCAAGAGGUGCUAGAAAGCCAUUCGUUCUUUACACCGUACCUUCCGGACAAAACCCUACAGGCGCAACACAAAGCACCAAAAGACGACAUGCAAUUUACAAGGUUGCCCAAAAGCACGAUGUAUACAUUUUAGAAGAUGAACCUUACUAUUUUCUUCAAAUGCAACCGUACACCGGUCCAGAUGCUCCUGAUGUUCCACCACCGGCUAACAAUGAGGAAUUUUUAAAGGCUCUCAUACCAACUUAUUUAAGCAUCGAUACUGAUGGAAGAGUUAUGCGAAUGGAUUCUUUCUCUAAAGUCAUUGCACCUGGGACAAGAGUUGGGUGGAUCACCGCUUCCGAACAAAUUGUCGAGAGAUUCAUCAGGUCCAACGAGAACUCUAACCAAAACCCAAGUGGAAUCUCCCAAAUGGUUCUUUUCAAACUUCUAGAAGAAAACUGGGGACAUGGUGGUUACCUUCAAUGGCUCAUCAAUCUUCGAUUGGAAUAUACUAAGCGUCGAAACGUUAUUCUUGCCGCUUGUGAAAAAUACUUGCCCAAGGAGAUUGUAAGCUGGAAUCCGCCAACUGCUGGCAUGUUCCUGUGGCUCCAAGUAGAUUGGCAUAAACACCCAUCUGCCAAAACCAAGUCAAUUGGAGAUAUCGAACAAGAAAUUUUCCUCGCUGGUAUCGGUCAAGGUGUUCUCAUUUGUCCAGGUAGUUGGUUCACAGCUGAGAAGAGUGGCUUUGUACCAGUAGAUAUGUUUUUCCGCGCCACAUUCGCUGCUGCAUCGGAAGAGAAGAUGACAGAGGCGAUUGAGAGAUUUGGCGUGGCUGUUAGAAAUAGCUUCGGCGUUGAGUAA